UUGUAACACUAGUCUCCAUGUGGCAGUGAACACGUUGGUUGCAACUCCUGUCAGAUUGAUUGACUUGAUAGUCCACUGUAAUUAAUUAAUAACAAUAAUCCCACAUUUUUACCAAAAUGGUGCUCGAUCUCGAUCUGUUUCGCGACGACAAGGGUUUCGAUCCGAAUAAAAUCCGGGAAAAUCAAACAAAACGUUUCAAAGAUGUUGGGCUCGUGGAGACCGUCAUCGAGAAGGAUAAAACCUGGCGGCAAUUGCGACACCGAGCCGAUAAUUUUAAUAAGCUCAAGAAUUUAUGUAGCAAGGAAAUCGGUGAGAAAAUGAAGAAGAAAGAGCCAAUCGGUGAGGACACAACAGUUCCGGAUGAUAUCAGUGGUAAUCUCGAUGGAAUCACCUCGGAUAACCUGAAACCCCUGACCGUCACUCAGAUCAAAGCCAUUCGUGGUCUCAUUGAUGAUGCAAUUGUUAACAACAAUGACAAUUUGAUAAAGAUCGAGGGAGAGAGGAAUUCGGCACUCAGAGAAGUUGGGAAUCAUCUGGAUCCUAGUGUACCUGUGAGCAAUGACGAGGAUGAGAAUAAGGUGGAGCGAACAUUCGGCGACUGCACCGAGAGGAAAAAAUACUCUCACGUCGAUUUAAUCCACAUGAUAGACGGAAUGGAUGCUGAACGAGGGGCAGCAGUGGCUGGUGCUCGAGGAUAUUUUCUCACAGGACCCGCUGUCUUUUUGGAGCACGCGCUGAUCCAAUAUGCCCUGAGGAAAUUAUUUGAUAAUGGAUACAAGCCCCUUUACACUCCAUUCUUCAUGAAGAAAGACGCUAUGCAAGAGGUGGCUCAACUAGCUCAGUUCGAUGAGGAGUUGUACAAGGUGAUCGGUAAAGGAAGUGAGAAAGCUGAUGAGAAAGAGUCUGAGGAGAAAUACUUAAUAGCCACAUCCGAGCAACCAAUUGCGGCAUUUCAUCGUAAUGAGUGGAUCCCAGAGGCGUCAUUGCCCAUCAGGUACGCUGGACUCUCGACGUGUUUCAGGCAGGAAGUUGGGUCUCAUGGGAGAGAUACUAGGGGCAUCUUCAGGGUGCAUCAAUUCGAGAAGGUAGAACAGUUCUGCAUUACCUCGCCUCACGAUAAUAAAUCCUGGGAGAUGAUGAAUGAGAUGAUAAAAAAUGCUGAGGAAUUUUAUCAAGACCUCAAUAUUCCGUAUCGAAUUGUGAAUAUUGUAUCCGGUGCAUUGAAUCACGCUGCAUCGAAGAAACUCGAUCUGGAGGCUUGGUUUCCAGGCUCCGCAGCUUUUCGUGAACUAGUGUCCUGUAGUAAUUGUCUUGAUUAUCAAGCUAGACGGCUUCUAGUCAGAUAUGGGCAGACUAAGAAAAUGAAUGCCUCCGUCGAUUACGUUCACAUGUUGAAUGCAACAAUGUGUGCAGUAACUCGAGUUAUUUGUGCGGUCCUCGAGGUGCAUCAAACAGAGACUGGGAUAAAAGUGCCGAAAGCAAUUUCGGCAUUCAUGCCACUGCAGUACCAAGAGGAAAUUCCAUUCGUCAAACCUGCACCGAUCGAGGAAGCCGAGACGAAGAAGCAAAAGAAGCAGAAGGAGAAUAUGAAUAAAGCCUAAUUAAAUUACUCCACAUCUCUGUCAAGCUUUUAUAUAUAAUUUUCUAUGCAUUCUGAGGGCUAAUAAAGCUUCAAUACUCCCAUAAA